GUAAUUAAACAAAUAGUGCGCAACAAAUGAUACCAACCAAUCGUUUUUAACCACCACCACAUAAAAUCCACCACGAAAUGUCCGAAAUACCCGAACACUGUCCGGGCGUGACCAGCGACACGGCCGGCAAGGCCUCCGCCUGCGCGGGCUGUCCCAACCAAACCGUCUGCUCCAGCGGCGAGGCCAAGAAACCGGACCCGGGCAUCGGGCUGGUCAGAGACCGGCUGUCCCAAGUGCGCAACAAAAUCCUCAUACUCUCGGGCAAAGGGGGCGUCGGAAAGAGCACCGUGACGGCCCUUUUGAGCCGAUUCGUAGCGCGCUCGAACCCCGAGAAAAACGUGGCCGUGCUGGAUAUAGACAUUUGCGGUCCUUCGCAGCCUCGGGUGUUGGGAGUGCUGGGUGAGCAGGUGCACCAGUCCGGAUCCGGUUGGUCUCCGGUCUACGUAGAAGAUAAUCUAUCGGUGAUGUCGAUUGGAUUUCUGUUGGGUUCACCGGACGACGCCGUCAUAUGGAGAGGGCCUAAGAAGAACGGGAUGAUCAGGCAGUUUUUGAGCGAAGUCGAUUGGGGCAGUUUGGAUUAUUUGUUUAUCGAUACGCCGCCCGGCACCUCCGAUGAACAUCUAUCGGCCGUAACGUACCUAUCGGAGGCGGAUUUGACGGGGGCCAUUUUGGUGACGACGCCGCAAGAGGUGGCCCUUUUAGACGUGAGGAAAGAGAUAGAUUUCUGCUUCAAGGUGAAGAUAAAAGUGCUGGGCGUGGUGGAGAACAUGUCGACGUUCGUGUGCCCGACGUGCCGGAAAUCGUCGGAGAUUUUCCCGGCUUCGACGGGCGGAGCGAGGAGAAUGUGCGAGGAAUUGGGGGUACCGUUUUUGGGCGGUUUACCGUUGGAUCCGGCCCUGGCGAAAUGUUGCGACGACGGGGAGGAUUUUUUGGCGGUGUUGGAGGGAUCGCGAGUGGUGGAUGAUUUGAAGGAUGUCGUUACGGGUGUUCUUAAAUGCUGCAAGUGA